AUGGCGCACGGCACUCUCUAUAAGGGCCUUUUGGGGCUGAGCGUGGCGGUGAAUGCACUUUUCUGCCUGCUUUUCACCUCCAUUUUGGUGUGGAAUUAUGUGCAGAAGCAGCAUUUGCCCACCUCGGUGGCCAUUUCCUUCAUCAGCUUCAUUGUCCUAUUCAUCCUAUUCCUUGUCGCUUUCCUGCUCUAUAUGACGAGGAAAACGGAUGCAUCGAUCUUGUGGGCCGUGGUACUUACGAUUGCUCGCUUCUUGGUCGUCCUUAUCGGCUCGUUCUCCUUGAUGUCGACCGACACUUUCGCGCAGUACGACCGAGACAUUGAGCACGACGUUGUCAAAUGGAUCGAAUAUCGUAAGAUGCUCGUGAUCGGCUUUUGCGUGCUCUAUCUCCCACUUUUCCUGAUCGAGCUGUUUGUGCUGAACAAAUAUCACGCAGCCCAAAGAAGCGGGUAUGAACGCCCCAACGAGCCCCACGUCUACGAGACGGCAAAGUUCACCAAAACCAUAUUCGGCGCCUCCCCGAAAGCGACGAUGGCUGCCAAGGACGCGAAAGGCCAGCCACAACCCGGUGCUAAGGCCGGUGAACCGCCCUUCCAGAUGAAGAUCGACCCGGAGAAGUACUUGAACAUCAAGUGGAAGCCGGAGGCCGUCAACGUCGAGGUGAAGAUCGAGAACAUCACCAAGGUCCGCCAGACGUUCAAGGUGAAGUGCACGGACAACAACAUCUUCCGUGUGCGCCCACCUCUCGGCUUCAUCAAACCGGGCGAAUCGACCAAGAUCAAGAUCACGUGCACAUCGCCCAAGUUGCCCGAGAACAACCGUCACCUCUUCGCCAUCUACCACUUCAAGUCGGAAGAGACGAAGCUGACCGCCCGCCAAGUCUGGACCCCAGACGUUAAGCCCGAUGGCGUCACUCGCAUCGUCGUGCUCUUCGACGACAAGAAGGAAGACAAGAAAGAGGAGGAGAAGAAGGAGAACCCGGCCGUUUCUCCGGAUAAGAAAGAGGAGAAGAAGGAUGAGAAGAAAGACGAGAAGAAGGAGGAAAAGAAAGACGAGAAGAAGGACGACAAGAAGGAGGAGAAAAAGGACGAGAAGAAGGAUGAGGAGAAAGACGCUCAGGACGACAAGAAGGAUGAGAAGAAAGAGGAGGAGAAAAAGGAAGAGAAGAAGGAGGAAGAGAAGAAGGAUGACAAGAAGGACGAGAAGAAGAAG